CUUCCUCCUCCCUUCGCUCGUUGGAAUAUAGCGCGAUAACUUGAGCGACCAGGAGGUGCGAUCAAGGAUGCUUUUGUUCAAUAGGUGCAGGUAUUUUUACUUAUUUGCGAUAUCGAACGUGUCGUUCUACAUGCGGAUCGUAAAAUAUUUCUUUUCCUCUUCACCACGGACGAUCACUCCCAUAGGAUGCGAGAGAAAGAGAGAGAGAGAGAGAGAGAGAGAUUCCUCUCGUACUUCGGGAAGAGGUCGCAGAUUUUCUCAAUCUCCCCGACGGUCCUCCGCGUUCUCGUCCCUUCGUUUACGUCCCAACGCUCUUAUAUUAUUCAUUUUAUGCAUUUCUUCCCCGGUAGGAUACGCAACAUAUGAAACGUUUAUUAUCGAGAAGCGUCGGGAAAUGUCGACGACGUAGUCUUGCGUUUUCGAUAUCGGAGGGAUGGAAGUAGCCUACUGAACUGAAGCAUCUCCCUAUUCUAGACACCUAGUCGCGUCCCCGACGACGACGACGACGGACGGACGGACAGAUAGACUGAGCAGCACGCAGGCGCCCGCGGUGUACGUCGUCACAGUACUCGCCACGGACAACCGGGGGUGGUGGUGUGUUGCAACGACGAAGUGACGGCUCGCUUUCGACUGCGCGGCAAGCAGGAUAAAACUCUCCCGCGACAUAGGCAAAGUACGAAAGCGUGUGCAUGCGCGAAAGCUCGACACGCGUGAGUGUUACGUAGGCGAGCGCGCUAUAAUGUCCGCUUACGUGGGCGGUUUCGUGGCUCGCGGAUCUUCCAGCGGAUGGCCGACGUAGUGACUGCGAGGAAGCAGCCGAGUACGUCGCGCAGGGCAUCGCGUGCGCAACAGUGAGAAGCCGCGACUUCUGGCGUCCGGUCGUCGCCAGCUUUCCCCGCGUGUCCUUCGUAGUAGGAUACCACCCGUACACGACGGUUCCGCCGGGCCGAGAUACCCUCGGCAGCACCCUCUCGUGCCACCCCCUCCCCCGGUGCGCUUUCGACGACGGAAAACGCGAGUUCCGUUCGCGCGAACAGCGCCGAAGAGAGAGACGAGCGAGAGGAAAUUCGCCGACACCACCGCCGCCGCUUGAUCCGACGUUGAUCUGAAAGGAGAUAAAUAUUCGAGCAAAAUGUCGUCGGUUAAGGUGGCGGUGAGGGUACGACCCUUCAACAGUCGCGAGAUCCGUCGCGAAGCACAAUGUAUUAUAGAUAUGUCGGGAAGUACUACUUCCAUAGUGAACCCUAAAGCCACACCGGGAAGCAAAGACGCUGUCAAGAGCUUCAAUUAUGAUUAUUCCUACUUUUCUAUGGACCCAAACGACGAGAACUACUCGUCUCAGCUCAUGGUUUACAAGGACAUCGGUGAAGAAAUGUUGGAACAUGCUUUCGAAGGCUAUAACGUUUGCAUUUUCGCAUACGGCCAAACCGGGGCCGGUAAAUCUUACACCAUGAUGGGUAAGCAGGAGGAGGGGCAGGAGGGGAUAAUACCACAGAUCUGCAAGGACCUGUUUAGGAAAAUCAGCUACACGUCUAACGAACGGCUCAAGUACUCGGUGGAAGUGAGCUACAUGGAAAUAUACUGCGAGAGGGUACGCGAUCUAUUGAAUCCAAAGAACAGAGGAAAUCUUCGAGUGAGGGAACACCCUCUCCUGGGACCCUACGUCGAGGAUCUCUCUAAGCUCGCUGUAAUGUCAUACGAGGACAUCCACGAUCUCAUAGACGAGGGUAACAAGGCCAGAACUGUCGCGGCAACCAAUAUGAACGAGACCUCCAGCAGAUCGCACGCGGUCUUCACGAUAUUCUUCACGCAGCAGCAACAGGACUGCGCCACUGGUUUGGUGACAGAAAAGGUCAGCAAGAUCUCGCUGGUCGAUCUGGCGGGAUCUGAAAGGGCAGACUCGACGGGCGCGAAAGGAACGCGAUUGAAGGAAGGGGCGAACAUUAACAAGAGCUUGACGACUCUCGGCAAAGUUAUCAGCGCUCUUGCUGAAAUCGCGGCGACAAAAAAGAAGAAGAAAGCCGACUUCAUACCAUACAGAGACUCAGUUUUAACGUGGUUGUUACGGGAGAAUUUGGGAGGAAAUUCGAAAACCGCUAUGAUCGCGGCGGUCAGCCCUGCGGACAUCAAUUACGACGAGACGCUUUCCACCUUACGAUACGCGGACAGGGCGAAACAGAUCGUCUGCAAGGCCGUGGUCAACGAGGACGCGAAUGCCAGGCUUAUUAGAGAACUCAAAGAGGAGAUACAGAAACUGCGGGAACUUCUAAAGCAAGAGGGCAUCGACGUGCAAGAAGGGCCAGAUGGCAAAGUUACGUACGAAAAGAAAGAACCUAGAGACGAGAUUGUCAGAACGAACAAGCGCGAGGAAGACGUGAAGGAGAGCCGGCCGAGGAUCGCUUCGCACACCACGUCCUCUCUCGCCGAGGAGGCGGUGGAUCAAUUGCAGGCGUCCGAGAAAUUGAUCGCAGAACUGAAUGAAACAUGGGAGGAGAAGUUGAAGCGCACCGAAUCGAUUCGCCUGCAGCGCGAGGCGGUGUUCGCCGAGAUGGGGGUCGCCGUGAAGGAAGACGGUGUCACCGUGGGCGUCUUCUCGCCGAAGAAGACGCCGCAUUUGGUCAACCUGAACGAGGAUCCGCUGAUGUCCGAGUGCCUGAUCUAUUACAUCAAGGACGGCUUCACGCGCAUCGGCAGCGCCGAGGCGAACAUACCGCAGGACAUACAACUGUGCGGCCCGCACAUACUCAGCGAGCACUGCGUUUUCGAGAAUCACGAGGGCAUCAUCACGUUGAUACCGAAGAACGGGGCUCUGAUCUACGUGAACGGUCGCGAAGUAACCGAGUCGCUCACCCUGACCACCGGCUCGCGCGUGAUUCUGGGCAAGAAUCACGUUUUCCGAUUCAAUCACCCGGAUCAAGGUAUCGUACAUUCCUCUUACAAUCGAAUAGUGCGCGAACGGAGAGAGAAGGGAUCCCCAGCGGAGACACCUGGCAACGGCGAGACCGCGGACUGGGAUUUCGCGCAGGUCGAGCUGCUGGAGAAUCAGGGUAUCGAUCUGAAGGCCGAGAUGGAGAAGAGGUUGCUCGUGCUGGAGGAACAAUUCCGCAAGGAGAAGGAAGAGGCCGAUCAACUGUUCGAGGAGCAGCGGAAGAACUAUGAAGCGCGGAUAGACGCGUUGCAGAGGCAGGUGGAGGAACAGAGCAUGACGAUGUCGAUGUAUAGCAGUUACACACCGGAGGAUUUCAAUAACAUCGAGGAGGAUAUUUUCGUCAACCCAUUGUUUGACGCAGAGAGCAACUGGACCGAGAGAGAGUUUCAACUGGCCGCUUCGGCCUUCCGCAAAUGGAAAUACCACCAAUUCACGAGUUUACGGGACGAUCUUUGGGGCAACGCGAUAUUCCUUAAAGAGGCUAAUGCCAUAUCCGUUGAACUAAAGAAGAAGGUCCAGUUCCAAUUCACAUUGCUCACGGACACUCUGUACUCACCGCUACCGCCGGACCUCUUGCCCGUCAUGGACGACGAGGAGGAGGAUGAAAGGCCGUUCCCGCGCACGAUCGUCGCCGUUGAGGUCCAAGAUACGAAGAACGGCGCCACGCACUACUGGACAUUGGACAAGCUAAGACAGCGCUUGGAGCUGAUGCGACACGUGUACAACGAGGACUCGAGCCCCAGCACUCCGGAGGCCAAAGAGGAUAUUUUCCAAUGCCUUACAGUCUACUCUAAUCCGAAGUUCUCGCUCGCAAAUCUUUUGCCUUCGAGACAAAGAUUAGAACUGAUGCGCGAGAUGUAUCACAACGAGGCCGAGCUCUCGCCUACGUCUCCGGACUACAAUGUCGAGUCCAUCAACGGGGGUGAUCCGUUCUACGACCGUUUCCCCUGGUUUCGCAUGGUCGGCAGAUCCUUCGUGUAUCUGAGCAACCUCAUGUAUCCGGUGCCGCUGAUUCACAAGGUCGCCAUCGUGAACGAGAAGGGUGACGUGAAGGGUUACCUGCGGGUCGCCGUACAAGCCGUAGUCGAAGAGGAAAACAGCGAAUACUCAAGCGGCGUCAGACAAUCAGCACGAAUUUCCUUCGAGGACGACCUGUUCGGCGGGCAGAAGCACAAUAAACGUAGCACGCUCUUAGCCCAGACCUUGGAGAAGAAUCGACAGAUCAUGCUGCACGAGGAACGCGUGGUCGAGGGACACAACGAGGUGCAGAAGGACAUGAAGGACGAGGACGACAUAGGUGACGCAGACAGCGGCAGGGGCGACAGCUCGGUCUCGAGCGAUAUGAAGGAGGAGGACUUGCCGGAUCACCUGCAACCUGGCGCGGAGUUUACUUUUAGGGUAACGGUCCUACAAGCUAUGGGUAUAUCUACGGAAUACGCCGACAUUUUCUGUCAAUUUAACUUCUUGCAUCGACACGACGAAGCUUUCUCAACGGAACCGGUGAAGAACACCGGCAAAGGCAAUCCACCCGGAUUUUAUCAUGUACAAAAUAUUACAGUGACGGUCACCAAGUCUUUCUUAGAGUAUCUGAAGACACAACCCAUCGUCUUCGAGGUGUUCGGCCAUUAUCAGCAACACCCGUUACACAAGGACGCGAAACUGGAGUAUGUACGACAGCCGCCGAAGAGGAUGCUGCCACCAUCCAUACCGAUCAGCCAGCCGGUGCGUUCGCCAAAGUUCGGCAGCGUCUUGCCAUCUCCCAGCACGUCUCAUGUGCAUGCCAAGUACGACGUGCUGGUGUGGUUCGAGAUCUGCGAGCUGGCGCCGAACGGCGAGUACGUGCCGUCCGUGGUGGACCACAGCGACGACCUACCGUGUCGUGGACUGUUCCUGCUUCACCAGGGCAUACAGCGGCGCAUACGGAUCACCAUCGUGCACGAGCCGGCCUCCGAAUUAAGAUGGAAGGACGUGCGCGAGCUCGUUGUCGGCCGCAUCCGAAAUACCCCGGAGCCCGAGGAGGAAGACAACGACUCGUCUGUGCUCUCGUUGGGCUUGUUCCCGGGCGAAUACCUCGAGGUGCCCGGCGACGACCGGUGUAUGUUUAGAUUCGAGGCGGCCUGGGACAGCUCGCUUCACAAUUCAACUCUGCUCAAUCGCGUCACUUCUUACGGAGAGCAGAUCUUCAUGACCAUCUCCGCGUAUCUCGAGCUGGAGAACUGUGGGAGACCAGCGAUCAUUACGAAAGACCUCAGCAUGAUUAUCUACGGAAGGGACGCAAGACUCGGCCCAACUCGUUCGCUGAAACACCUGUUCAGCGGCAGCUAUCGCAAUCAGGAGGCGAAUCGACUCAGCGGCGUCUACGAGCUGGUGCUACGUCGUUCUUCGGAAGCAGGUAGCCCAGGAGUUCAAAGACGUCAGCGUCGCGUCUUGGACACGAGUUCUACGUACGUCCGGGGCGAGGAGAACUUGCACGGAUGGAGGCCGCGAGGAGACAGCCUCAUAUUCGAUCAUCAGUGGGAGCUCGAGAAGUUAACGAGGUUAGAGGAGGUGGAGAGAAUGCGGCACACGCUGUUGCUGCGGGAGAAACUCGGUAUCGACAAAGUACCGUUCUGCAAUAAACCGUUGCACGACUUCACGAAAAGCGAGAAGAGCUACUCACGACGAUUCUCCGGUACGCAGGACGUAUGUAACAUGGUGGCGAAGGCCACGAACGAGCCACACGCCAGCCCGGUGAAGCUGAAACGCUCGACCAGCAAAGACGUCUACGAACCGUGGGAGAUGACUGAGAGAGAGCGAGAAUUGGCGACCAAGUGCAUUAAGCUCAUUCAAGGCAGAAUCCCGAGCAAGGAACCGAUACUGCUGUCCGACGUUUCGCCCGGAGAAGACACUAUAGCCGAUACAUCCACCUCUAUGAUAUCCUCAGUCAUAUCCUCUUCAUCUCAAGAGUCAGUAUACGCGCGAGCUAGCGAUACCUUAAACCAGGCUGCUGGUAUAGUAAUAUGGAGCAGGUCUAAGUCGUGCCUCCUUAGGUUGAGCUCGCCGGAGAGGGCUAGACUGCAAGAGCUCCAAGAGAGUAUAUUGGCGAGCGAGUCGGCCAGUCAGACUUGCACGGUCGUGCCACCGCCGCUCGGCUCGUCCUCGCCGUCGAAAGAGAACUUGGUGCUCUAUGUGCCGGAAGUCGAGGAGAUACGCAUCAGCCCGGUGAUCGCGCGGAAGGGUUACUUGAACGUUCUCGAGCACAAGACCAACGGCUGGAAGAAACGCUGGGUGGCUGUGCGCCGACCGUACGUCCUGAUUUUCCGGGAGGAGAAGGAUCCCGUUGAGAGGGCACUCAUUAACUUGGCCACCGCUCAAGUCGAAUAUUCCGAGGAUCAGCUAGCUAUGGUGAAAGUGCCGAAUACAUUCAGCGUUGUCACCAAGCACCGAGGCUACCUGCUGCAGACCUUGGGCGACAAGGAAGUCUACGACUGGCUGUACGCGAUCAAUCCUCUCUUAGCUGGUCAAAUCAGGUCGAAACUCGCGCGCAAAGGACCGACCGCCCCGAAUCCGAACAACGCCGCACCUAUCAGGCUGACGCCGCCGUUGGAGCAACAAAACAACCAGACCAAGUGAGUGGUCGACACUAUGGCCGGGGUAACGGGUGCAAUAGCGAAGGCGUCGGAGAGGAUGCUGUCUUGGUCACACUCGGCCCUUGAGUCCCAGAACUUGUGCAACUUUCGAUUCCCGGUAGUCUUUGAUUGACGGAGUCGAGGCGAAGCUCUCUUUCUCUCUCUUUCGUGCGACUACCCGCAAUCGGCAGCGGCAGCAACGGCGGUGGCGGCACGUAAAUAUCGACGUUUACUUUACACACAGUGUCCCCUUAGCACGUUCUUAGGGCAGCCAGAGCGGGGAAGAAGGAGGAACAGAGAGAGUGAUGCUCGUCUUUCGAAGAAGUUACAACAAAUGCGCGUAUAAAAUGCGUUCGCACUUAUGAUACGUACACUCGCUCACACACACACACACACACACACACACACACACACACACACACACACACACGCACGCGCGCGCACGCACGCUCCAAGUAACCGGCUCAUUUAUUCGCGUCUCUCCGUACAUUUCGAACUCACAUUCGAAGUGCGAUUCCUACGUCGACGAGACGAUAACGUCGGACGCGCGUCCGCAACGCGCGACAAUGCCUUCGUCGAUUUCCGCAUUGACGCAUUGAUGUAACUACGUGAUACAUACAGACACAUACAUAGACACACACUCCCCCCUCACCUUCGCACACGCGACAUGCGCGGGGAAUACAAACGCAUUUAUGCCUAAUAAACAUAUUCCUAAGACGGUCACUGAAGACAACACGGAAUAAGGAAUACAUAUAGUAGAUAUAUAUCUGUAGAAGAAGUGUGCGAGAAGAAGCGAGAAAGAGAGGGAGAGAAAUAGGAGUAAUAUAAAGAGGAAGCGAGAACGAGACAGAGAGAGAGAGAGAGAGAGACGAGAAAAUGUUCAUAAUUUCGUACGCAUGCUUGACGCGUAGAAGUCGAUGCUCGGAGCAUAGAGAGAGAGAGAAAGAAACGUUAGUAUUUUGUAAGAGAUAAUUUGAGCGAAUCGUUCAGGUGCAGCUGUGUUUGAAACAGUAUUCUGUCUAAGUAUUCUAAUAAUCGCGACGGUUAUUUAAGAAAGAGAGACGAUUUUCUAUCAGGGUACAUUUUUCGUGUUUUCUUUCCCGUUGAUCGUUUCCUUUCAUUUGCUCGAGAAAAAGAGAGAGAAAAAAAAGGGAAAGUUUCCCUCACACGAAUGGAACGUACUGCUAUCGUACACGCAAUCGAUCGGCCGUCGACAAUGACGAGGGCUUCAAUUUGAACUUUGCGUCGGAAUGAGAGGAGAAGCAUGAAUGCUGGUUCGCUUUUGGUGGAAAAUGACGGCGAAUUAACGAGAGGAGACGCUAUUAACGUCGGAACGCGCGAUUUGAACUUUCCUUUUCGAACGCGUCCUUCAGGAUUUCUCUUUCAUUACGCAUCGCAUUCAUCCUCGCUAUUAUCCUUCGCGAGAGUGAUUUCGCCUCGUCUCAGGGCACACGAAGGAGAGCCUCUGUGCGUAUUCUCGAAUGCUUCUUGCGACUUAGAGUUUCGUGUAAAUCAAUCGAGGAGCUUACGACGUAAAGGAGUACAAGUAGCGAAUCCAAUAGAGAGACACCCGCCCUUCCCCUCCGGAGACACGUAAAGUACACGUAAAUCACAAGCGGACCUUUUGUGUGUGACUACCUGUUUCUAAGAAGAAUCUCUAUUAACACAGAAAAGAAAGAAAAAAAGCUAUAUUCUCAAUAUCGCGAUAUAAAUAGGAAAAAAAGAUACGUACAUAUAUAUAUA